CUCCAAGAAAAUAUGACUUCUAUGGAUUUGGACCUCUUCACAUAGAAUGUCACAAUGUGUGUGUUUUCAGUGAGUUUGUGGGGGUGUGUGUGAGAGAGAAAAAAAUACUGGAGAGGAGGAACAACUAGACAACCUCACAGCCUGUAUGCAUGUGUCCAAGGCUCAGUUUUUUAGCUUUAAUUUAAUCCCUUUAAUUUAUUAUAAUUAUUCUGCCGCUCUCCCCAUCAGUGAUUACCUAUGUUUCCUUCAUUCCUUCAUCUUCUCGAUUUAUUCAGUAAUUUUUCAGAGCUACUCUCCAAAAAUUUUGAAGUUUCCUAGGAUUAUUCUAAACAAAGGCUUUUUGGCUCAAGUGGGAUUCUUGAAAUUCGCGUAGAAUUGACUUUGGAUGGUGUUUUGAGAGAGGUGACAGCACAUUGAGGAGAGAAAGAAUUCAAUUCUCAGAGUGGCAGCCGAGUAGAGUAAAAACACAACCUAUUAUAGGCUUCUCUAGUCUUUAUACAAUUUAUCUGCAGCAUUCAUAAUCAGUAGUAUCUGUGGGUGCCGCUUCUGCUUGUCCCUAGAACAAAAUUUUUCAUCAAAUGCCACAGAUCUCGAGACCCUUUUGAUAAAAGCCAAUUCUUUGGUAGUUUUGGACUGUAAAAUGAGCUGGGAUUUCUGUUUGAGUUAAAGGGAGGGUCUUGUUUACUCCACCUUUCCUUCAUUCAUGCACGAGAGAGAGAAUUGUUGGAAGGAUGGCUGAAUACAGAGAACUUGACACAGGGCUUUGACUCUUGGGGUUUUGUUUAUAUUUAAGGGGUUGACCUUUGGUGAAGUGGUACAGAGCCCCACAAUCGUAGGAGGGUCGGUGGUUCUGUUUGUUUUUGCCUCUUGCUUUGGAUGAAAAUCGAGGUAAAAAAUAGUAGUAUAUGUUUUUGAAUUUCAUCAGUUGUGCUGGUCAUUGUUUGAUUGGUUAAUUCUGGUUGUACUUUAGUUAUAUAAGCUUUCGUUGUGUUGGGAAGGCAAUUUUUACCACUAGAAUGUGUGAACAAUAGUUGCUUGUUGCUGGUUUUAUGGGAUUUGGUUAAUUGUACCUAGUACAGAGACAUGGUUCUUGAAUAUAUGCAGUAAAAUAUAAUAUGCACUUGUGUUGAAGGGGUUGCAUUGUAUGGGUACACGCCUGCUGUUUCCCACUGUUUUGUGAGUGAAACGUGGACCGUGAAAUUGGCAUUAGCAAGGUAUUUAUGGGGAUGGUGGUGGGUAUUGUCCAGAUCUUGAUUUGCUUGAGGAAGUGAGAGGAGAAUUUUGGGUUUAAUGUGGAAUUUUGAUUUUAAAUUCACUGCAAGAAAUGCAGAGGUCUGAUGAGGGUAAAGAGGUUUUCUUUGAUACUGUAGAGUCCUUUUCAUCUGAGGAGUCUUUUAUAGUUAGAGAAGACUUGGAUUGUGUCAAUUUAGGUUAUGACAUUUGGUUGGGUGAGCUAAGAAGUGUGAAGGACCGACGAGAGAAAUUUUUGGUUUCAAUGGGAUUUAAAGGGGUUUCAUCUGUAAAUGAUGUGGCACCUAAUGAAGAAUCUGGGACCAUGGGAGCGGACAGGGUCGGAGAAUGUAGUGGAGCAGUUAGUUGUUCUUCUUCAUCAUCUGUAGAGGAAAAUUUAGUGUGUGACAGCAGGGAAUUGAAUGGUGAGGCAAAUUGUUUGGUUGAGGAAUCCGGGGAGGAAUGGUCAGAGAAUCUAUCCAUUAUGACAGAAAGGGAAACAGCUGGAAGUCCUAGCUCUGCUUCUGCAGUUGGAUGUAGCGAAAUGCAGGCUCAUGUUGAAAACUACAAAAUUGUUGAUGUGAAAAAGAAGAAAACUAAUGGUUGGUUGAGAAGUUUUUUGUGUAAGAUGAAGAAAAGUAGAUGCAUUGAUGCAUCCACGGCACAGAAAUUUUCUGAUGAAGAAAGAAAAAUAACUCAGGUGAAAGUUCAACAGAAAAAUAAAAAAUGUAAGGAAUUUACUGCUGUUUACGCUGGACAAGAAAUUAGGGCUCACAAAGGCUUAAUUUGGACGAUGAAGUUCAGUCCUGAUGGACAAUAUCUGUCAACCGGAGGUGAAGAUGGGAUUGUUCGGAUUUGGAGUGUUUCAUCAGUAGAAGCCUCCUGUACGACUUCAGCACGUAAUUUGCAGAGUAACAACUUAAAAGGGAGCUCCACUUUUAAAAGAAAACAGUCAAGAAUUGCAUCUAUUGUUGUACCUGAGAAGGUUUUCCACAUCAACGAGUCUCCACUACAUGAACUUCAUGGUCACACCAGUGACAUUUUGGACCUAGCUUGGUCCACAUCCAAUCAUCUUUUGUCAUCAUCCAAGGAUAACACUGUUCGUCUAUGGCACGUUGGCUCGAAUAAAUGCCAUUCAAUUUUUCUCCACAAUAAUUAUGUAACGAGCAUUCAGUUCAAUCCUGUUGAUGAAAGCCACUUCAUCAGCGGAUCUAUUGAUGGAAUAGUACGAAUUUGGGGAGUACAGGAGAAGAGAGUUAUAGAUUGGGCUGAUACACGGGAUUUAGUUACAAGUGUACGUUACCAGCCAAAUGGAAAAGGUUUUAUAACUGGUUUCAUCUCUGGUGCCUGUCGUUUUUAUGAAGUAUCAGGCUGUGAACUUUUGCUACGUGCGGAGAUGCAAAUUAGUGGUAAAAAGAAAUCCUCUGGAAGCAGAAUAACUGGCAUUCAGUUUCUGGAUAAUGACUCACAAAGGGUUAUGAUAACAUCUGAAGAUUCCAAGAUUCGAAUACUUGAUGGACUUGAUAUUGUCCACAAAUACAAAGGUCUAGCAAAAUCAGGAGGUCAGACAUCAGCUUCUUUCACUUCAACCGGGCAGCAUAUAGUAUCGGUUGGAGAGGACUCGCGCAUCUAUGUCUGGAACUAUGACAACAUAAUGAUCCAAUUAUCCAAAGCAAAAAAAUCAGCCCGCUCCUGUGAGCAUUUUUCCUUUGAAGGUGUAUCAAUUGCAAUACCUUACUCAGGCAUGGGGACAGAAAAAAGGAGGGCUGGUAAUGACAGCACCUCUGCAUUCUCGCAGACAUGUAGCAACCAGAGCUCGUAUUCAUUGGCUAGAGAUCAAGAACGAUUUUCUUUAGCUAGUUGGUUCUCCAUGGAUGUCUCAUCAAAAGCUUCUGCAACAUGGCCUGAGGAGAAACUUCCCAUGUGGGAGAUACAAUAUCCAGAACAAGAUGAUCAAACUUGCGACUGUCCUGAUGAUCAUCUUCAACAGCUACAUCAGCAUCAGAAUAACAGCCAAAGUUGUGGGAAUUUCCCCGCAUCGUGGGGUCUGGUGUUCGUCACAGCUGGUAUGGAUGGAAUGAUCAGGACAUUCCAUAAUUUCGGGUUGCCUAUGAAGACUUAAAAUUUCCAAGAAACAAGAAGACCUGUCUGUCUCUUGUGGAUAGCAAGUUGGCUGACAAGGCCUUGAAUAGUGCAUGAGAUGAUUACUUGAGCAGCACGAUUUUGAUUGUCUGCUGACUCCUCCUUUCUCUAACAAUUAGCUAAUUUCUUUGUAGACUAGAUUGGAAAAACUGGCCAUAUAAUUUCAUUGGCAUUUAUUCUCAAAAUGAAAUUGUAAAUGACUGUAUAAAACCACAAAUAUCAAAA